CAGUUUACAACAACAGUUGUUCGUUGGAAGGUAGGCGAAUUGUUGGCUGUGUUAGCCGAAGGAGACGUUUUAGUCAGACGAAGAAAUCUUGAGAUAUCUCAUCAAUCCUUGCAUGAUAAGUUAGGAAUUUACUAUAGAAGUUUGAAAUAUAUAUUUAGCUGCAGAUAUAAGCUUUUUCGCAGUCAUUCUAUUGACUCCUUUGCGAGAAAUCAAGGGGGCAAACGAAGACUAGCCAACGGAAGAAAAUGGCGACUACUGCUACCGCUCAGGCUCCAGGCCCGCAAAUGAAACAAAGCUCUGCAAAGACAAAUAUGACUGGAAAGGAAACAAAUGAUUGGAAAAGUAAACUCAGUUUACCAGAAAAAGAUAGAAGAAUCAAAACAGAGGAUGUGACAGGCACAAAAGGACAUGCUUUUUGUGAUUACUGUUUGAAAAGAGAGCUACUGAUGGGAAUAUUUGAAAAAGGAUAUGAAACACCAUCACCAAUUCAAGAAGAAAGUAUUCCAGUAGCCCUUGCUGGCAGGGACAUCAUGGCAAGGGCCAAAAAUGGAACAGGAAAAACUGCAGCAUAUCUUGUGCCACUAUUGGAAAGAAUUGAUAUUUCAAAAGACUAUAUUCAAGCUCUUGUAUUAGUUCCUACACGAGAACUGGCUCUACAAACUUCACACACCUGCAAGGAAUUGAGCAAACACAUGAAUGUUAAAGUUAUGGUGACUUUGGGAGGUGUUGGUCUGAAGGAUGAUAUUAUGAGACUUUACCAAACAGUUCAUAUUGUUAUUGCAACACCAGGACGAAUCCUUGACUUGAUGAAUAAAAAAGUUGCAAAAAUGGACAGAUGUUCCAUGCUUGUUAUGGAUGAAGCUGACAAGCUUCUCUCAAUCGACUUCAAGAAUGUUUUGGAUAGUCUGAUUGGUCACUUGCCUAGAGACAGACAAAUCUUACUAUAUUCUGCUACAUUUCCACUGUCUGUCAAAGCUUUCAAGGAAAGAUACCUUACAAAGCCUUAUGAAAUAAACCUUAUGGAAGAGCUGACAUUGAAAGGCAUAACUCAGUAUUAUGCCUUUGUCGAGGAAAGACAAAAAGUUCAUUGCCUGAAUACACUGUUCUCAAAGUUGCAGAUAAACCAGUCCAUCAUAUUCAGUAACACAGUUCAACGUGUUGAGCUGCUUGCACGAAAGAUCGCAGAUCUUGGCUAUUCGUGUUUCUUCAUACAUUCAAGGAUGCAGCAAGAGCAUCGAAACAGUGUUUUCCACAACUUCAGGGAUGGUCAGUUUAGAAACCUUGUAUGCACUGACCUGUUUACCCGUGGUAUUGACGUGCAAGCAGUGAAUGUGGUAAUCAAUUUCGAUUUCCCGAAAACUUCAGAGACCUACUUGCAUCGCAUUGGCCGCUCAGGGAGAUUUGGCCACUUGGGUAUUGCUAUUAACCUCAUUACAUAUGAAGAUCGUUUGAACCUGUUCAAAAUCGAACAAGAGCUUGGCACAGAAAUCAAGCCCAUCCCACCAACCAUUGAAAAGAAGUUGUAUGUUGCAUCAUUCCAAAUGGAGGGCGAAGAAGAGAAGUAAGAACCAAGCUACAGUAAAUAUAAAGUUUUAAAGCGUAAGUGUUGAUGUGUCGUUGUUGGCAUUUUCGUCCGCCAUUUAUUUGUAUUUGAUAAAGGUGCUUCCCAAAGAAGUGACAAAUAGCCCUCCGCUAGCCAAAUAAUUUCGCUGAAAAAAUUUUUCUAUCCAGCCGUGCAAUAAUUGGUUUAGUUAAUUGUUUUCGGGCUUUCUUUGUCACUUUUAUGUGAAGUCUCCUUGCAUGUUUCAACUUGCUGUUCAUGUGAUCAGAAGCUUCCCCCAGUGCCCAUGUCUUGGAACUGGCGCUUUUUUGAUUUGAGACAUAGUUAUGUCAUUGGUUUUGCAUUGAAAACAGUUUCGUUAUCUUUCCUUGCAAGAAUCAUUGGAAUAUUCUCGAGCUGUUGUUGUUGUUGUUUGGGCUAUCCUGCAAAUGGUUUGCGGGAGCUCUGAUCACGUGAGCUAUAAACAUUCAUAAUAAACGAUCCAAAGUCAGCAGGGCACUUUUGUGAAGGCGUUAUUAGAAAGACGUUUCCAUACUGAAAGUGUUCAAUUUUUGUGUUUAGACCGACUUUGAGGUGCAGGCUUUUUUAACUUUAAGUUUUCGCUACAAUAUUACGGGAAACUGUCUCUCUAUAAACGUCUUUGCAUUCUUGUUCGCCUGCGGAUGAGUCAGUCGUUUAUAUUAUCUAGAAUCAUUGUAAAUAUAUAUUGAACAUAAUUAUAGUUUACGACGCAGUUCAUCUCAAAAUUGCUGUUGAAAUUGUACCAUAGAGCUAUAGGCCUUCAAAGAAGGCCUCCGUUACUCAAGAUUACAAACGUACAUGGAACCGAGCCUUCAAGUUUUCUUCUUUCGGUCAAUUAUUAUUAAAGAAAACUAGUUUUUGUUUGGCCAGCUCAAGACAAUUAAAAUGUAUCAAUAACGUUUCCGUAAAUGUUGAGUUUUGAACCGUAGGAAAACAUUCCUAGUGCUCUUUCGAAAAUUUUUAGCAACCGUGAAUUCGAGGAACAGUCUCAAAAUGCGUGAAGGCUCGAGUUCAAUUCCUUUGAUUUGUUUAUUAGCCCAUUCUUCCUUUAGUCUUAUUUUUGUAUGUCAGCGAAGGUAGCCGUGUUAACAGCAUGGUAAUCUGAGCUUAGCUCAGUAUAGGGGGAAUUAUCGUUUACAGGAAAGACUGUUUCUUACUAGUGAGUGUAUUAUGCGUGAUAAACGCAUGCAUAGAGUGGGUUGUAAGCGGUAUCUUUAAAGGUAUAAUGGGCGAGUUUAAUUUAGAUUUUAGCUUGCGUGUAAAACAUUGCUCUGCUUGCAAAUGGGCCUAUCGGCUUGUUGAAUAGGAGGUAUAGUGUUGAAUAGGAGGUAUAUGUUGUGGGUAACAAUAUAUGGCAUUGAGAAUAAGUGUGUUGCCAAAGAGGGGAGAACUUCCAUUGGCCGGCCAAGCCUGAUUAUCAAGUGAGCAGUGUUUUACGGUGAUUAUUUUGCGUUUUCUACCUAUUGAUAUGUUAAGCAGCGACCCUUGCCGGCAGUCCUGCAAACCUGAAAAUUAUGGGUAGUUGAGAAACACACUUUUCUGAAGGUGUGUUUGCCGGCAUCUUGCGUUUUAUGUAGGGCUUCAAAUUGAUACAUAAGCCCUCAUGCAAACUAGCAAAAUUGGAUUUUAUUCAAUAUUUGUUAGCAGAUAUGAAGAUUUUUGGCCAGCCUCAUCCAACCCGUAUUUUGAAUGUAGUUGCAAAACUCCAUCUCUGCGGUGGCUAGUUUAUUUUUUUAUAAACUAGUCUAAAAUAGAGGCACAAUCUACUUCGUGUGGAUUCUCGCUGUAGGCCAAUCCGGUCCGUAUUUUGCUUCUGGCUAUUACUUAGCAGUUACAUUGCUGCAUUAUGUUGCCAGACUUGAAUUUACAAGAUCACAGCUCAAUUCCUAUGACCCAGAGGUAAAGGGGUAAAAUGAGCUGUCUGAAUUUUGAAAACUAUUCUUUGCUGAAACAGUCGUUCUGCCAAGUGGUUUUUGCACAAUUUUGCAGACGUAAUGCAGUUUUGUCAAAACAUCUUUGCGCUAUACUCUUUGCAAACAAAAUUGUACCUUUGAACAGUUUGUACAGGAGUCAAUCAAGGUUCCUUGAACUGAUUUUUUUGCGCGCGGCUUAUGCGUUUGCGUACAAUUGACAAUGCGCGAGCAAAUCUCUCUGCGCACAGUAAAACGAAUUGGCUCCCCGAAAGCCGCAUCCGUGCGUGGAUUCGCGCGUUUUUGCCUUAAAAAAAGGCCCUAUAUAUGUCAUAAAUUGACAGAUGACCAUUAAGAUCGCAGUCGUCACUCGCUAAGCAUCACCUUUUUGGUAAGAUGCCCAAACUCGGAUUUGUCGAAUAAGAGCUGUCAGAGAACACUUCAGAUGUAUUUCUCGCUUUCAGUUUUGGCCUGUUACCCUGAAGUAAUACAAUGAUUCAGCUUUCCCGUGCCCUUAUUUCGAUGCAGUUCGAACCGUUUGCCAAAUCUCAAGCGAAAAUCCUCUGGUUUGUUCUUUGACACUCAUUGCCCUCAGGAAUGUAGAUGUGAACGUGAACUGACCGCUAGAGUCAAAGUUGGCUUUGACUUUGCUCUCGCUGACAACGGUAGUUCAUUUCAUGGUUCAUUGUUCUGAGUGGUUACACUGCCCCUGUUCUUGCAGAUGUCGAACCGUAUUCUAAUGCCUUUGUGUUUCGUUCCUGGUAAGUUGACAAAGGACGUAGAACUCUGAAUAUAUUUACUUCAUGUCAUCAAAAUUCAAGCAAUGUAAUCAAAAAUCCUUCCUUCUGUCUUUCAACAGAUGUUUCUUUCUGUCACCCGUUUUACCAGUCACUCGACCUUAGCCCUGAAAAUUCAUCUUCAACCUGUCGGCUGUUGUCGAAAACUUAAAAACCUAAUAAUGUGUUCCAAAGGCAGAACCAUCUUUUCAACCGCUUGACUUGAUGCUAUGAAGUAUUUCAGGUUUAAGUAUUUCAAGUAGGGUUUUUCAACUGAUCUCACCGUGUAUCCAAUCAGCUAAAACCCACAAAGCUUGUAGAAAAGUUUAACACAACGCCCCCCCCCCCCCCCCUUAUGAAAGUUUUCUUUUUGCGUCCUUAAUGAAAUAUAUCUCUCGCGCCAUCCCCUUCCAAUUUUGCACAUUUUGGUAUCCUCUCUUCAGAAUUUCUUAGGAUUCGGAGAUUUCUGCCACUCAAUUUAUCCUGUUUUACAACCUUGUUGAGACAGGCAUCUAAUGUUAAACAAAGAACGUGAUGUAGCUCAAAUAGUUUGUGAAAAUAUGGCGAUUAAAGUUUAUCCAUCAAAAGGUUUAACUUUAAUCUCAAGAAGAUUAGAGCGUAAGUCCCUAUUUAAAUUUUCCGCUUGCUUUGUGGGUGUAGCAUCGUCUUUGACUAUGAUAAAAUUUUCGAAACGUAAACACGAUCAUGAAAUCGAGAAAAUCACUCCAACCUGAAUAUACCA